CCAUCUACAAAAUGCUGUGUUGGAGAAUUCUAUUAUUUACCCCUAUUAGGCUACACUGUCCUGACUGGUGGGCCUUAUCACUUGAGAAAAUGGGUGAACUUUCAAGUAACGCAAAUAGUUAUUUUUAAAUAAAACAUGCAGCCUAUGCCUAUUAAAAUUUAAUUUACAAUUACCGUGUUGGGAUUGUGUUACGACUGUGCAGGUACACUUUCUGACUUAAGUUUCAAUUCGUUAAUAUUUAAUCAUAGGCCCUAUCACGGAGUGUAGCCUAUAUUAAUUUAUUUUUUUGCUGAAUUGCACUGCCUAGUCUAUCCAAAGCGGUAACCUGCCUAAGUAGGCCUAGCCUAUGUGUUUUGCGACGGUGAUCUGAUGCAUUCCCAAACUUCACAAAUGUAGGCUACUCCAAAUGUAAACACCGGGGGAAAUGGUUCAGAGGUGCAUCGGCGUCUUGGGUAGACUGAUGAAGAGAUUAUCGCAUGUUUGCACGUCGUGCGUCAAACACGCAGAACUAGGUUAUUAAUCAGGAAUGAAUUAUGUCCACCCUACGUCAAGAGUGUGCCGUUUGUGAUGUGGCUGUCGCUUUCUCCCGCCUUUGACCCUUCUCUGGCAUACUUGGAAAUCAAACUGUUUUGUAGUAUGAAUGUUUUCCCUCCAAGUUCAUUACCUGCAGAGAUUGACAUGGAGAGACUGGACUGAGGGAUCCAUUCUACUGUAGGCAACUGUAGCAGCAGCACAGGUGAUCUCCAAUUGGCUCAUCAUCAACCUAGCUAAAGGGGUGUGGUAGGUAGGCAGAAUUGGGGUUAGGUGGUUCAUUGAAUUGGCAGGUCAAAUGACAGGGUUUUUAGUUUUGCUGUCUGAAUUGUCAUUACGUAGCUAUGUCUGUCUCUGAUUGUCAUGUUUUGUUCUUUGUCAGCAGUUGACUAAUGGGUAGGCCUAUCUCGUCACAUUUUUAUACUCUUUGUUUAUCAACUCACAAUUGGCUCUUUUUGGUCAUUCCUCUUGUUUUAACCAUGAUGCCAGGUAAAUGGAUUGUUCUCUCUGCUUCUAACGUGGUAACCACUAAGGAUAUACAUGAGUUGAUUUGACACAAUGACAAGCUUUACUUGCCUCUCAGUAACACCUGACCUGAUUCAUGGAGGAAUGCUUUGCGUUCACAAAUGUAUUCAACAGGGCCAAUACAAUUUCAACAAUCUGCAAUGCAUUCCCAAUGGAGCAGCUGCAUUCAUGGUUGUCACACUUAAAAAGCACGAGUAUGAAUAUAUAGACUGUCUUAGAUGCAUUCCAAGGCCUUUGUUGGCCAAUGUUUUGCACAAUUAAAUAAUGCUGUCCAGGCAACACUUAGUUACAACAGUCAGUUACACAAGUGUUCAAUUCCUGCUGGAAGCUGCAGACAUAUAAGGUCUGGCCGGCCUAUCAAGAGGGGGGGAAUGACAAAAAUAUCCGAGUGUCAGUGUGCUGGUGUCACUGUCAUUGCCAUGCCAUAUGGGUGACUGUCUGUCAGUAGCGGAGACGGGAGAGUCCGUGCAGUCGGAAAGCAAAGCAAGGGAAGGGAAGGAAGAGGUCUGUGUGAAAUGGGCCCUUGAGUUGGGAAUGAGCGCUGCACUCUCCCCAGAUCUGAGGACUUGAGUGGCUGCUGGACAGGACCAGGGACCAGAGGUGAAGAGUCGGACGCCGCGCGCGAGGUGGGAUUCAUUGGGAACAUGGGGGAACUCGAGGAUCAGGCCGGACAGCUCUUUGAGACCUUCAUCCAGGCGUCGACGUGUAAAGGCACCCUGCAAGCGUUCAACAUACUGUGCCGGCAGCUGGACCUGGAUCCGUCUGACUACAGUGCCUUCUACCGCAACCUGAAGAGAGCCGUCACCUCAUGGAAGGCUACACCCCUCUGGAACAAGCUGGAUAAACGAGCAAGCCACAAGGAGUACAAGAAGGGCACUGCCUGCCCCGACACCCGGUGCCUGAUCAUCGGGGGUGGACCCUGCGGUCUCCGCACGGCCAUCGAGCUGGCCCUCCUGGGAGCCAAGGUGGUCCUCAUCGAGAAAAGGGACAGUUUCUCCAGGAACAAUGUGCUGCACCUGUGGCCCUACACCAUCCAUGAUCUGAAGGAACUCGGCGCCAAGAAGUUUUAUGGCAAAUUUUGUGCAGGAGCAAUCGACCAUAUCAGUAUUCGUCAGCUGCAGCUGAUGCUGAUGAAGAUCGCCCUGAUCGUUGGCGUGGAGAUACACGUCAAGGUCGAGUUCGUCAAGCUCCUGGAGCCACCCGAGGAUAAAGGCACUGACGGGCCUGGAUGGAGGGCAAAGGUGCUACCGGCCGAUCAUUCACUCAACGACUACGAGUUUGAUGUGAUCGUGGGGGCUGACGGUCGCAGGAACACUCUGGAUGGGUUCCGACGGAAGGAGUUCAGGGGGAAGCUGGCCAUCGCCAUCACUGCUAACUUCGUGAAUAGACACACCACAGCGGAGGCCAAGGUGGAGGAGAUCAGUGGAGUGGCCUUCAUCUUUAAUCAAAAGUUCUUCUUAGACCUGAAAGAUGACACUGGUAUCGACCUGGAGAAUAUUGUGUAUUAUAAAGACGACACGCAUUACUUUGUGAUGACGGCGAAAAAACAGAGCCUUCUGGAUAAAGGAGUCAUUAUUCGUGACCAUAUUGAGACAGAGAAGCUGUUGGGCAGCGACAACGUCAACCAGGACGCCCUGCUCUCCUACGCCCGGGAGGCGGCCGACUUCGGCACCGACUACCAGCUGCCAUCCCUGGACUACGCCAUAAACCACCAGGGCAAGCCGGACGUCGCCAUGUUCGACUUCACCUCCAUGUACGCCAGCGAGAACGCGGCGCUCAUCCGGGAGAAGGCAGGACAUGAGCUUCUGGUGGCUCUUGUGGGGGACAGUCUGUUAGAGCCCUUCUGGCCUAUGGGGACGGGCUGUGCCAGAGGGUUCCUGGCUGCCUUCGACACGGCCUGGAUGGUGCGGAGCUGGGCGCAGGGCAAGGCUCCCCUGGAGAUACUGUCAGAGAGAGAAAGCCUUUACAGGCUGCUCCCGCAGACGACUCCAGAGAACAUCUCCAAGAACAUCGAGCAGUACACAAUAGACCCGGCUUCGCGCUACCCCAAUCUGAACUCCAGCUGUGUGCGUCAGCAUCAGGUGAAGCAUUUGUACAUCUGCGGUGAGCAGAACUCUGCCUUGCUGGAGCGCGGCACAACUGUUCGGAGAUCAGUGAAGCGUAGAGAGUCGGACAUUCGACCCAGUCGGCUGCUGACGUGGUGCCAGCGUCAGACGGAGGGCUACAGGGGCGUGCAGGUGACGGACCUGAGCAGCUCCUGGAGGAGUGGCCUGGCCCUCUGCGCUCUGAUCCACAACUUCCACCCGGAGCUUAUUGACUUCGACUCCCUCAAUGAGGAAAACGUGGAGGGCAACAAUCAGCUGGGAUUCGACGUGGCGGCGAGGGAGCUGGGCAUCCAGCCGGUGACCACUGGGAAGGAGAUGGCAUCUCAGCCACAGCCUGAUAAGCUGAUGAUGGUCCUCUACCUCUCCAAAUUUUACGAAAAGUUCCUCGGAGCUGAAAACGAUGCACAGCAACGAAAAAAGCGACUUCAAAAGGAUGAGAAGGUAGAGGAGCAGCGUGCGAAACGCAGACGGGAGGAGUCUGCUGUGCAUGAAGCCCCAUCAGCAGAAAGCUCGGUCAGGUCCAUGCAGGACCUGCGGGCCAGGUUCGAGAACGCCUCAAGCGAAGUUCCAAGCAGACUGUCGGACUCAGAGUACGACUCGGACUCUGACUCUGACUCCUGUUCAGAAUCCUCUCCUCCUCCUACUUCUCAUCCUCGUCCUCCCACAAUGGACUGGACCCAGAACCCCCGCUACGCCAAGCCCAAAGACCAAACCCCUCCUCCCUCGCCUCCCCCCAAGCCCAAAUGGCAGCCGUCUGUCUACCUGAGGCUCUUGUCAGAGGGCUCCUCGCCCCAGACCCCCAAAGCCGCCACUUCCCCCAACUCCACCAUUGUCCCUCCCCCGAGGCCCAUCUCCCCCCGCAGCCCCAGCCCUUCCUUCAGCCCCUUCAGCCCCAGCUGCAUCUCCCACCCCCCGCGGAGCUCCAGUCCUCCACCCAAAUACGUUCGCCUCAGAAUUCCGCUGGUGCUCCCCCCGGCCUUGCAGAGGGAGAGGCCGCGGCCCAGGGAGGAGGAGGAGGAGGGUGAUUCCCCCAGCCGAUUGCACCCCUCCUCCUCCUCCUCCUCCUCCAACUCCAACUCUUCAUCUCUGUCCCCCUCGUGCUCCAUGUCCACUCCGGCUCUGUCUGACAUGCUCCAGCGCCAGCAACACCUGGAGGACCAAAUAGAGCAGAGAAAGGCAAAGACCCUAACCACUAGAGAGUUUAGUAAUAAGAGCAUUAAGGACCGGGCUAAGCAUCUCUUCUCCAUGUUCCCGGGUGAAGUGGCUCGCCACAAGGUCUAUACACCGGUCUAUCUGCCUACACCUCAACCGAGUCCUGCCUCAAAUCCUUCUCCUCCUAUUUUUCGUUCUCUUUCUACCCCUGCUCCUUCUUGUUACUCUCCUAUCCGUACUCCCUCUCCUCCUUCUCCUCCUCCUCCUCCGUCGUCUUCUAUUCAUCAUCCUAUGACCUCCUCUUCCUCCUCCUCCUCCUCCUCAAACUCUGUCCAUAUCUCCUCUGCCCUGUCCUGUCUUCCUUUGGUCCCAGCGGUACCCGAACCCUCAAAACAGUGCAAUGGAGCUGCGCUAUCAUGUGAGCUUAGUCAGAUACACUUAUCUGAGAAUGAUGACAUAGACAGCCCAACUCUGAGUUCUCAUACACAGAGGACAGUGGGGAAGGUGUCCUCUGUCAUAGGUGCUAAAGCAGAAACUUUGGCCCACCUCUAUGAGACUGACCAUAGGCCCAAAGCUGCCCCCGCCGCGCCACACUCACCGGGCUCGACGAGGCGAGAGAUCCCCCUGACUGUAGGGGGCAGUGACGUGUGCCACUCAUGUCACAAACGGGUCUACGUGAUGGAGCGCGUCUGCAUGGAGGGAUACUUCUUUCACAGAGAAUGCUUCAAGUGCGACGAGUGCCUGUGCACCCUGCGCCAGGGCGGAAAUGCAUUCAACUCUGGACAAGGGAGGUUUCUCUGCAAGCUGCAUUACUCGCAGUUCCUUUCCAACGCAAGGAACCGAGGACGAACGGCGGAGAGCCACCCCGUGAGCACCCUGGACGGGAGGGCGAUUGGCGUCGGCACCCCUGGCACUGCCACAGGAUGUUCACAGCAGCACAGGGCCAGUGAGGGCCAGAGCUAUGGGGCCCCAAGGGGCCGUCUGAACCCCAGCAUUGUGGCCCCGAGGGGGCGUCUGGACCCCAACAUUGUAGCUGAGCGUCCAGAGGAGACACAGGUGGAGCCUGCUAGUGCGCUGGGCAAUCCUGGCUCCAGCAGCGAUGCAAGGCCGCAGACUGCGGAGUCCCAUUCAGUUCCAUCGUCAGAUUCUGGAUCCACCAGCUGUAGUAGCUCCCUGUCGGAAGAAGGCAAAGGACAGCGUUCUACCUCGAAAGGAGCCAAUAAGAACCAUUACUGGAGAAGGAAAAUCAGGGCCACUCUGCCUCUCAUCCUGGUGAAGACGUUUGCCCGUGGACGAGCCACUGACAACAAGCAGGACGGCUCCACAGAGGACGGAGAGUCGGACUUUGAGGAGAUCCAUGAGCACGACCACAAGGAGGCUUCCUCCUCAUCUCCAUCUGAAACCCCCGCUGGCUCCCAGCCCCAGCCCGCCGCGGAGAAGAAGUGCCCUGUGGCACAGCCUGAAGUGCCCACUCUCACCAUCACCACCGACGACAGCCAGGGCCUUCCGGAGAGACCCGACCCACACCUUACCUCCUCCAUCCCUGUUUCCAUCGCCACCUCGUCCACCACCGCCACCGCCACCUCCUCCUCCACCACCUCCUCCACUGCCUCCUCCUUGGCAUCUUCUUCCCAGCUGCAGCCUGCCAGCCAAGAGAGCCAUAACGAUGGGCAUAAGAAGAAGGAAGUGGAGCUGGAGCAGCAGCAGCACCAGGUGUCCUCUAACGCCACAAACAGUCCCAAAAAGAAGCUCGUCCUGUCGACGACCGAAAGGGAGAAGCUCCUCGACUGGGACGUGGAGCCCUCUGAGGGGUCAGACCCCUCGUUGCCUCCUGCGGGCAUAAGGAACGGCUCCUGUGGACCGCCAGCACUGCCAGCUGAUGGGAAGCCCCCAGCUAGCGGGUCGCUCCCCCAGUCUGCGCCGCCAGCACCAGCAGCAGCGGUCAUGGCAACGAAACGGACACCUGACGCCCAGGCCCAGAACGGCCCCCCGCCUCAGUCCGCCUUCCAAAUCUGGGCCAGCUCCCUGAAGAGAAGCCUCGCCGGAGCCUCCAGCAACAGAGACACAACAUCCACCAGCACCACCACCACCAACGUGGUCCGAAGAGGCAAAGUGGCACCCAGCAGAGCCAGGCCCUUAUCAGAGGGCUCUUUCAACAUCGGCUCCAUAUUCGGGAACCAGAACCAGCAGGCCUCUUCUGGUGGAGGGCAGGAAAACCUUGUGACCUCCUCCACCACCAACACCACCACCAACUCCUCCUCAGGCUUGGAGAAUGGCCAUGCUGGGCAGAGGAGGCCAGAUGGUGGAGGUGGUGGUGGAGGUGAGCUGACGGAGCUUCUGCAGCAGGUGGCUUUGAGCACCUCCUCCAAGCCGACCACCAAGGACGACAUGGCCUUCCUGCCGCGCCGCAAGGUGAACUUCUUCUCCUCGCUCCGGGUGAAAAGCCAAGCAGAGGUGGAGCGAGGAAGAGGAGGAGGAGCCGAUCAGAACAUCUGGAACAUCCUCUCCAAGUUCAGGAACAAAGCGUCCACUCAGACCCCUGUAGAGGAAGAGGAAGAGGAUGAGCGAGCCAGCUCCUCAGAUGAUCGGGAAGAUCUACCCUCUGACUAUCACGGGGAUCCCAGGCGUAAGGAGAAUGUGAGUGAGAGGCGGCGGCGGAGGCAGGAGAGGAUCGUCCAGCAGCAGGCCAAACGAGAGCAGCUCAAGAGGCUGCACCGAGCACAGACGAUCCAGAGGCAGCUGGAGGAGGUGGAGGAGACGCAGCGGGCCCUGGAGGAGAAGGGCGUCACCCUGGAGAAGGUGCUGAGAGGAGAGACAGAUAACAAGGAUAUGGAAGAUGACCCUGAGCUGCUGCAGACCUGGUUCAAGCUGGUGCUGGAGAAGAAUAAACUGCAGCGAUACGAGUCCGAACUCAUGAUCUUUGCUCAAGAGUUGGAGCUAGAAGACACUCAAAGUCAACUUCAGCAGGACCUGCGUCACAAGAUGAGCAUUGAUGAUUCCAUGAAGACGUCUGCGGACCUUAGCGAGGAGCAGAGGAUGCUGGUGGAGAUCAUGCAGGUGGUGGAGAAGAGAGACCAGCUGGUCAGCCUCCUGGAGGAGCAGCGGCUGAAGGAGAGGGCUGAGGACCAGGACCUGGAGAGCAUGCUGCUGUCCAAACGAUACCAGCUUCACUGGACGUAAACAACAACAAAAAAUCUAAAAGAAAAAAACAACUAGUCAUUGCCUGCUGCUGCAUCCAGCUCUGUGAUGGACUGCUCACUUGAACUGAAUGGAACGAUCACUGGAGGGAUUAACCCAGUGAGACUAAAGUUUUAAAAUAUGGUGGAGGAUUCCACAUUUUAUUGUAUUAAUUAGAAUUUUAUCUCUUUUUUAAAGCAACCUUCCCUGUUCCCUUAUUGAUGUGCAUAGUACUGUUUUAAACUUUUGCUAUCGGUCCAUGUUGAUUUUUAUAUGCCUGUGUGCGUGCGGGUGUGUGUGUGCUCCUCUGUCUGAGGGAAGAUGGUUUCUGUCCUAUUACUUUUUAACUACUGCCUAUCAGGGUAAAUCCAUUACACUGGCUUCUCAUGACACUGGGGUGCGAAAAUUCCUUGUAAUAUGUGCAAUAUUGACAUUUGUGUGGAUUCAAUUGUGUGAAUUCAUGAAGUUAUGUUCUACCAAACACUAAUUUUGCUUGUUGGCAAAUGUUCAAAACCACUGUUUAUUCACGGUGUGGGUUUACCACUUGCGGAGUUGCACUCUUCUUGUGGCCGUUAAGUACUUAACAUCAUAUCUUUGUCUUUGAUUCCUUUUUUUAUUCGCCCAAUUAAACAAUUGGAUGGCAGAAUAGUGAGACCUCUACCUUUGCAUUCGUUUCAUUGCACCAGAUGUUCAUUUCAAUAAAUACAAUUCUGUAGCCUGGCAAAUCAGUCUAAAAAUGAGCUGUGAAAUAUAUUCUGCCACUACGGUUAAUCUAAUUUACUAGUAGAAAUACUCUGCUGAAUGUGCUGAACAGCAAUACCAAAUCCACUGUAACCUAUUCUGUGAUGUCUAUUUAUUUCCCUAUGUCUGAAACACUGCCAAAUGAUAUUGUUCUGUUUUUCAUUUGGGUUAUUUGGUUUUAAUAUAAUAAUAAAAUGGUCACUAUGGUGUUAAUCACAACAGUAAUUUAUUCAAUAAAAACCCUUAACUGA